AUGGACGCAGAAGACCACCUGGAAGAAUACCCAAAAGCUACAUGGAAUUGGAUAAAUAGUAGUAUACAAUUCGCACACAACUACUUUGCUCAAAGAACCCGCGAAUAUUGUUCAUGGUCGCACGGCGCUGCCGAUUUCCACAUUUGCGCCUGUAGAAAGCACUUCAACGGUCGAGGGUUUCCAGAAAGCAAGAAAUGCUCUAGGGAGAAGCCACUACGAGAAGAUUAUUUCAUCAGUCGUGCGCGAACAGGAAAAUAUCUCAUAUCAUCUGAGGCUGUGGUUGGAGUUAUGCCUGGUCGAGCGGCUCGUACUCGUCAUUUGGCUUGGUAUGAUGCCCAGCUUUGUGCUCGUCUUGGGACCCAUGGAAGCUUGAGUAAAGGAGGGGGCUCGCAGACUAGUGAUCUAAAACCUCUCAUGGAAAGCAACGAAAAAAAUGUUGAUUCAAGCUAUAAUCAAUCAAUGGUUAAAACCGAAAAUCCCAACGAUGCAACAUACACACCGGCCAGAACAGAAGAGGAAUUCGACUUGUCGCAUAUUGAGAACCUCACGAUUAGGGCUGAUUGGAACUUCGAGGCUGCUCUAAGGCCGAGGAAUGCGGGAUCUUUUUCGAAUAAUAGAAAGGAAGUGCUAACGAAUAAAAAUCGCAGAUUGGAUAUCCGAGGUGAUGGCGAAGUCACAAGGCUGGGAGCGGGUGAAUCUUAUAGACCUAAUCAUAACCGACGUUCACCACCGCGAGCCGAUACUUUCAGAUCCGAUCGCGACAGAGAUAGGUCACCUCGCAGAGAUCGACGAACUCCACCUUUAUCCAGCGACAGUUAUCACCCUAGCGCACGAGACCGUUCUCCAAGGCGUAGGUCAAGAACACCACCAUACCGCGCAAGAGACCGGUCACCACCUCGAGAUAUGACUUGGCGUGGUAGACCCCGAUCUCCACUUCGAGGUGGUCGAACUCCAAUAAGAGCCAGAACUCCAAGAAGAUUUUCUCCCAGACGAGAUGAUGACCGCAGAGAUCGAUUAAGGUCGCCAAGAAGAGAUGAAAGGCGCCGUUCAAGGUCACCUUUCGAUCGCAAUCGCACACCUAUUCGACCUAGAUCCCCCAUCAGAGCUAGAUCCCCACUUCCUCGAAGAUCACCGCCUCCAGGCCCAAGAGGUGGAUCUUGGCGUCGCUCCCGCAGUCGCGACCCCAGAGAUGUUCGCACUCCCCUCGGUCCAAGUUCGCAAACAUGGCGACGUCGUUCACCUUCACCUAUACGCCGAAGAUCACCAUCCCCGAUCAGGCGUCGAUCUCCUUCACCAGCACUUCGUGAUUCGGAAAGAUCAUCAGGUAGAAGUUCUGGCACCAAUUCUCGUCGAUCAUCUCCGCCUGUUCACCCUAGCAGACAAGCUUUAACGCAAGCAGCGACUCGUGAAGCAAUACGUUCUCCAGUACCUGUCAGAGAUCGAUCACCCACAGGGUUGGCAUACAGACAAGUAAAACAAGAGAGAUCUGCUUCGAAGGAUCGCUCACCAAUUCGUCCCACGGCUCCAAGAUCGCCUCCUAGAGGACCAGCGGCAACUUUCCGAGCCCCAACCGGGCCUAGUGGCGGUCGCAACUUCGCUGCGCCUAUUCCAUCUGGUCCUUCUUCAAACUAUAAUUCGAGAUCUAAUAGUGCUUCAGAGGGUAAUGGUCACAUCGCUCCUCCAUCUGGCCCACGUGGUUACGCUCCACCUCGUGGUCCUUCCGCUUCAUUGAGAGGUGGUCGGCCAUCAUUUAGCAACGAGCGCCACAGUCGUCCAGAUACCUCAUCGUGGGGAGCAGCACCACCAGCUCGACCCAACACAGAUAUAAACUCAAGAACAAAUCUGCCACCACCCCGUCCUCCACCAAGUGUCUCUCCUUCUCCAGCAAGAGAAACCCCACCUGCUGCACCAACAGGCCCUUCCGGUAUACCUACAGGUCCCCGCGCAGGCACAUCAGUUUCGUCUCGUCCCUCUCUUCAACAUUCCUCCAGUAUAUAUCAUAGCCGCGGUUCUAUUUCAGGUCCAUCAUCGGGUCCUCGUAUUCACCCAGCCAUGGUAGGCAUUCCACCCAUCAUACCUGGGGGAAGAAUUGAUCCAGCAGCUUCGGGUAUCCCCACAGAUCUCGCAGCUCGUCUCAAGAAGAAGGAAGAGGAAGCGGAUAUUCUAAGAGACGAAGUUAAACAGAAACAAGAAAAACUUAGGAAGGGAUUGAAGCAUUGGGAUAGAUUGAGUCGGGAAAGUGCAAGUAUGGGCCUGAAAAGCGAGUUGAGUGAGAGUCAUUUGAGGAUUUUGGCCGGCGAGGGCGUUGGUGGAAAAGCGUUUUGA